AUGAUUCAAAUUCAAAUCAUUGCAGAGGCCAAAUGGUUGAUAGUCUACGACAAUGUAGAAUCUUUCGACGUCCUCGUCACGCACUGGCCCAACCUAGCGGCAAAUGGUCACGCCUUGAUCACCACUCGCAACACCGAUCUUGCCUGGGAGCCGGCAGAAAUCGGAAUUGAAGUUGAGACUUGGGACAUCGACAACGGCGCCAAGUGUAUUAUCCAUCUACUCGCCGAUCACAUCAGCGCCGAUGUCUUGGCCAGCCAGUUCAACUCAGCGCUAGAGCUCUCAGAGAGGCUCAGCGGCCACGCUUUGGCUCUAGACAGGAUGGCGGGUGUUAUUCACAAGCGCGGCUGGACCAUAGGCCAGCUGGUCGAGAUCUAUGACCGCGCCCCGGAGUUUGGACAGAACGGUAUCGGCCCAGUCUGGCAGAUCUCUUUUCAGAACUUGAGCGUCAACGCGAGUUCGAUUCUGGCGGUCAUCUCGUGCUGCAGUGCGGAUCGGAUACCGGAGAUGCUCUUUCAGCCCGGAGAGCCGGGCAAGUUGGCAACGGAGCUGCCGUGGUGUGGAGAUGUCCUGACCCUUUCCGAAGCGGUUGUGGAACUCCAAACUUUGUCCCUGGUCAAGAAGGACAGAGACACAUGCGAACUGUCGUGCCACAGGCUAAUCCAGAGCCAUUUUCAGGACUUUCUGGGAGAGGAAGGCCGAGCAAAGGCUCAUCGUAUGGCGUCCAAGCUUGUGUUUCUCGCCUUUCCGGAGCGGGCGCCUCACCUGCACGAACACUGGGAACGGUGUAGUGUUUAUGUGCCACAUAUCCUGGCUCUUUCCAAGAUGUUUAGACAGGAGCGAUUGAGGAACUCAAGGUUUCAUACGUGUAGAGAGUUUUGUGAGGUUGCUACUACCUGUGAACGUUAUCUUCUCGAGCAGCACGAGUUUGAAGAGCUCAAAGAAGUCUGCGAAGUCAAUCAGGAGGCGAUCCUCACCCUACAAGGCGAGGAGCGGCUUUGGGACAUGUUAUCCUCGAUUCCAUCGUAUUUAGGUCAGCUCUAUCUCCGCAGCGGCUACCACAGGAAGGGGCUCAAGUGUCUUGAGAAGUCACUUGAGAUUCGGAUCCGGGAACCGGAUGGCGACCAGAUGGAGGUGUCAUGGUCCGAGCACAACAUUGGCGAGGCGUACGUUACUAUGAUGGAGCUCGAUAAAGCAUAUGAAUGGUUUAAGAAGGCUGCUGCAACUUGGAAACGGUGGUCAGAAUCGGCCAAACCUUCGGAUCCGCCUAGAAGGCCGUACUCUCCGUUCCAAAAGAUGAGCAUGGCUACGUGUUUGUUGUAUAUGGGCCGGUUGAAGGAGGCGCGGGCGGAGAUUGAAGGGCCCUACAAAGAGUACAUGCGGAAUCAAGGGGAGCAGUGGGCCAAUGCGGCAUACGCGAGCUUUCUGAUCGGCAGAAUCGAAAUGGAAGAAAAGAACUUCUCCAAUGCCGAGUCGUACUUUAUGCAAGCUCAGAACCUGUGGCUUUCGAAGCAGCAGGCUCGAACGAGCUAUUUCAACGCCGCGUGCAUGUACCGGACCGGAUGCUGCGCUCUAGAUCAGGGAAACGUGCAAGCUUCCAUAAAACACAUCACAGACGCGAUGGUGAUUACGUACCUCCACAAGGAAGACAUGGUGGGUGAGCAUGCCCGCUGUCUCUACAAGCUUUCUCAGGCUUUAUAUGAGGAUGAGAGCAGAGAGGCAGAAGCCGAGAUGCUGCUGCAGGAGGCCGAGACGUUGUACUUUUCUCGAUCGGAGGAUCAGGGGAGGACACCGACGGAGAAGGAUUAUGAUGGGUUGGUGCAUAUGCAGUGGCGCUGA